AUUUGAAAAUAUUAACCAAUCAGAAAAUAACACGUAUUAACUUAGAAUUAGUUCCGAAAGUUCUAUUUUUGGAACUUUAUCUAUCUAUUUUUUCUAUUUUUGAUUUAUUUUUGAGCAUAUAAUUAGAUAGAACUAUGACAUAGAACCUUCUUAGAUAUCUAUCGGAGAUGGUCUAACAUGCUAUUAGAAUAGUUUUAAGAUUAUAGUGGUGGAUAAACACAAGCCCACUCUCUUGGACGCAUCAGAUUCUUUUAAGGCCCAAUAUUGGUACUAUUCUUAAAAAAUUGCUGUAUAUUUCAUUCAACAGACCGUAUUUGAAAAGGAUAUAAAGUACUAAACGAUUCUACUGAAAAAUCCUAAUGAAAAUGAAAGAACUCAUAAAACAAGAUGCAUUGUCCCAAAAGAACAAAAGAGAAGUUUAAAUAUUUAUUAAUUUAGUAGUAUUGUGUUAGAUGAUAAUGUUAUUAAAUUUUAGUGGUUACGAUACGACCAGCCCACGUGACCACAUGCAUGUAUUUGAGAAAAAUACUUGUGAUCAACUAAUUAUUAAAUUUAUUAAUCAAAACAUUUAAUUUAACUAGUCCUAGUUCAUUCUUUUGAAUAGUAAAGUGGGUCCAUAAAGAACAGUUAGUUGGGCUUUGGGCCCCAAAGCUUUGAUUCUUGAAUGACCCCUUCCAAAUAUACACCUCCUAUCUUGUGUUCUAUCCAUUUUUUUUCUCUAAAUAUGUAAAUAUUAACUUAGAAUGAGUAAUAUAACUAAAAUGAUCUUUUCAAAGUAUCUUUAGUUUUCCAUUUUGUACAAUCAACAUAAAUUUACGUUUUUGCACUAUUUCUCCCAUAAUAUAAUAUUUUUAAAACACGAAACUUCAGUUGUAAAAAGUUAUUAAAAACAAAAUAUUGCUAGCUUAAGUGAACGUGAAUUUUUUUUUAAUGGUUGGUUUAAACCAUCUUUCAUACGAAUUGUUAAUUUUUAUAUCAGAAUUUCUAAAGAUUGAUUUCAAGUAUAUGAGAGAUUAUGAAUUAAAGUCCGAAAAUAUUAAUUGAAAAAUCAUUUAAAGUGAAGUUUCGUGUAUUUUACAAAGAGUUUAAUGUUACUUUCUAAGUUUCUAGACAGCUAGCUUUGUUGUGCAUGCGUCGUAGUCUUUUACAUAGAUAUUAAUUACGCGAUAAUUUAUUAGUGAAUUCCUUUGUUCCAUCGAUGCAUUAAAACUAAUUUACGUAUUUGUAUAGUCCGUUACACCAGAUUAAUGACUUCAAUUUUUACCAAGUUGGAAUUUAUUUUGUUUUCUCGUGGUUUACAUAAAAGACAUUCGUUGUUUUUUUUUGAACAUACACAUAAAUGUGAGUGUGUGUAUAUAUAUUUCUGUAAGCACAACGUUGUACAUACACACAAGAAGAAGAAAAAGAGAGAAAAUGGAGAAUCCUCAGGGUCAGAGUAGAAACAAGAAAAAGAGGCUAACACAAGAUCAAGUUAGACAACUGGAGAAAUGCUUUACGUUGAACAAUAAGCUCGAUCCAGAUCUCAAGCUUCAACUUUCCAACACGUUAGGUCUACCUCAGAGACAAGUCGCAGUCUGGUUCCAGAACAAGCGAGCCAGGUCCAAGACUCAGUCUCUCGAGCUCCAAUACUGCAAUCUCCAGUCCAAGCUUGAAGCAGUUCUCUCCGAUAAGGCAAAGUUAGAACACAAAGUGCAGUUUCUGCAAGAUGAGCUGAAGAGGUCUAGAAAUCAGCUUGCUCUGUUCACGCAUCAAGAUUCUCCUGUGGAUGAUUCUAAUCUUGGUUCUUGUGAAGAAGGUCAUGAUAAUCAAGUGGUGGUCUUUGACGAGCUUUAUGAUUGUUUCGUUACCAGUGGACAUGGAUCUUCAUCAACCUCAUGGGUCUGACUCUGUUUCAACACAUACAAGAUUCCAAUAUUCAGUAUUAUCUCUAUUGUAAUUAUAGUCAUUUACUAAUACAGUGUGUGUGAAAAAUGAAAAGAAAGAUGAUUUUUUUUUCUUA